GAUACACCUGAGCACCAAUCUUAUUCACCUCAUUACAUGCUACCAGGGUAGCAAUGGCAGAGGAAAAGAACCAGAGAGGAGACUCUUGUGAGGACCGGGCACUACCUGAUGAUUAUCCAGAGCCAUGCUUGGAAGAUGGAGGUGAGGCGCAUGAGGAUGUGAGGGAGAAUGCUUCUGCUGCCACAGAGGGAAGCAGCAGCGACAGGGCUGUGAAAGUGAGCCCAGACCUGCUGCAGAUGCUGGAAGCGUUGGAAAAGAGGCGAUCACAUCAGACUCGGGGACAAGUUGAGCCAGAGGCUUCUGAGGAUGGGACAAGAGAGCUGAUUACGGAGGCUCUAAGGACUAACAUGCAAAUACAGUUAACUGACCAGCAACAAGGAUUCAACAAACAUGUCACAAAGUCUGACCAUCGCUCUCUGUCUCGGUCCAACUCACAGCGAUCUGCAGAGAGCUUCAGUUCAGGGGGCAGCGACACCGCUAAGGAUGAAUCUUCUCCCAGAAAUAAACAGCAAAAGAGCUCUAAAGGUUUCACUGAUUUCUGCAUCAAAAACAUCAACCGGGCUGAAUUUGGACGCAGAGAAAUAGAGAUGGCACAACAAGAUAUGCCAGCACUGAUGAUUCUGAGAAAAAGAACAGGUGGGGAGAAACCUCUUGCUGGAGCUAAAGUGGUGGGCUGUACACACAUCACUGCACAGACAGCGGUGUUGAUUGAGACUCUUGCUGCACUGGGGGCUCAGUGUCGCUGGGCGGCAUGUAACAUCUUUUCCACCCAGAACGCUGUGGCCGCGGCUCUGGCUGACGGAGGAACGCCGGUGUUUGCAUGGAAAGGAGAAUCCGAGGAUGACUUCUGGUGGUGCAUUGACAGAUGUGUUGCCGCUGAUACCUGGACGCCCGACCUGAUUCUGGAUGAUGGUGGUGACUUGACUCAUUGGAUCUACAAGAAGUAUCCAAAUGUGUUCAAGAAGGUCCGAGGCAUUGUGGAGGAAAGUGUGACGGGAGUCUAUCGGUUGUACCAGCUGUCGAAAGAAGGCAAACUAUGUGUUCCUGCCAUGAAUGUCAACGACUCUGUGACCAAGCAGAAAUUUGACAACCUUUACUGCUGCAAGGAGUCCAUACUGGAUGGGUUGAAGCGAGCUACUGAAAUCAUGUUUGGAGGAAAACAAGUGGUGGUGUGUGGGUAUGGGGAGGUGGGCAAAGGCAGCUGCAUUGCCCUGAAAGCGCUGGGUGCUGUUGUGAACGUCACAGAAGUGGAUCCUAUUUGUGCCCUUCAGGCCUGCAUGGAUGGCAUCAGAGUGACUACACUGAAUGAAAUUGUCAGACAGGUAGACAUGGUCAUCACCUGCACUGGUAGUAAGAACGUUGUGGUGAGGGAACACUUUGACCAAAUGAAAAAUGGCUGUAUCGUCUGCAACAUGGGACACUCCAACACUGAGAUAGAUUUGGCGAGCGUGCGAACUGCAGAGCUGAAGUGGCAGCAUGUGAGGCCUCAUGUGGACCAUAUCAUCUGGCCCGAUGGCAAGAGAGUUGCUCUGCUGGCUGAGGGUCGUUUGCUGAAUCUGACCUGCUCUCCUGUGCCAUCAUUUGUCCUCUCCGUCACAGCCACGACUCAGGCCAUGGCUCUAAUAGAGCUGUACAACGCUCCCAAGGGACGAUACAAACAAGAUGUUUACCUGCUGCCAAAGAAGAUGGAUGAAUAUGUGUCCAGUCUUCAUCUGCCCAUAUUUGACGCUCACCUCACAGAGCUGACGGAUGAUCAGGCCAAAUACCUGGGAAUCAGCAAACACGGACCCUUCAAAGCCAAUUAUUACAGGUACUGAACCCGUCAGGCGAGGUGAUGCAGAUAGAACACCUGCUGUCCUGCAGGCAGAGCUCCGACACCCUCUACAGCUUCUGCAGUUACAUCCGUUUUGCCUUUGCCCACUGGUUAUCCUGUGGGCAGUGGCGUCAAUUCAGUGGAAGCUAAGGCAUGGCAAGGUUACAAGUCACAGGACUAGAGUAUCAAUCAACAGGUCCAGCAAAUACGUUAAUAUUAUAUAUCCAUGGCAAAUACUCAUCACAGAAGUCUAUGGAGCUUAUCUGUGUGGUCAAGAAAAUUGGAACUUUUCCAAAUGCAGUCUCACUCACUGUAAAAACUCAAAAUCUUACCAGGAAUAUUUGUCUUAUUUCUAGUUAAAGUGUCUAAUUUUUAGUCAAAAAUCUCAUUACACUUAAAACAAG